AUUGAUUCGACGUUAUCGACUACCAAGUUUGAAAUGCUUAGGUUGCUCAAUGGAGAGUGGUUGUUGCCAUGACAACUAUGCCUGAAGGGUAAAUACAAGCCAACUUCAAGUGGUUUCUGGAUAAUUUGUCAAACCUAAUCCAAGCUAUAUUAGAUGAGAUGCACGAGGAUAAAAAGUCAGUGUCACCAAUCAAGAGCAAUGGAACAAAGACGACUUCACGAUCUAAAAAGCAAGGUGGUUGGGCAGAUGAAACACAACAGUCUAAUAGAGCGUUCAGCGCGAUAGAAAAGCGAUUUUCAUCAAUUAAACUAAAAAAGCAAGGAUCAGGAGAAGAAUUUGCAAUACCCAUAACAGUUCCAGUCACCGACUCAAAUGGUGAAGAAGAAGAUGAAGUAGCUGUUAGCAGCAACUUGAUGAAGGAAAAUCAUAACAGAGUUGCUGCAUAUAAAGAGCUAAAUGCCAACAGUGUUACUAAGCAACACUUGGCCCAGUUUCUAGAUGGGGUAGAUCUACGUAUCCUUACGAAAAACAUUCUUCCAGAAUCCCAAUCAAAAGAAGUACCAGUCUAUUGUAGCAGAUGUACCAUGGAACUGGGAUGUACUGUUUGCUGAAAUGGUUCCUGACUUAACUCUGGAUGGAAAGAAAUCUCCCAUUUAACACUUUUUUUUGUACAAUUUUUUGUAUUGUUACAAUCUAAUACAAAACAACACAACACUA